GAACAGUUCAUCAGUGUUUCCGCUGAAAACCGCGUCUUUGGGCUGUCAAUCUCUCUCUACCUCUUUCCUAUCUCUUCUGCUCUCUUCUCAGAUCUGAAAGUCUCACCUAUUUUUCUCCGCCCGGCUUCUCUCCCUCUCUCUCCUCUCCCCGCACAUCUAGGGAUGCCAAGGCGGCGCCGGCUUAUCGUGACGGCGGCCUAUUGGAGGGCGUAGAUCUCCUUGAAAACACAGCAGAGAUGGCGGCUGGCGAUGUCGGCGACGGGGGGAGGCGUCGUGAACACGAAAUGGUUCCCCUUGCGGCACUAAUACGCCGGGAGUUGAAGAGAGAGAAGCCGGAGAAGACGCUGGUGCGCUUUGGCUGCGCUGCACAGUCAAAGAAGGGGGAAGACUACUUUUUAGUGAAGACCGACUGUCAGAGACUACCUGGGAAUCCUUCCUCCACCUUUUGCGUCUUUGCGAUCUUUGACGGGCACAAUGGUAAUGCUGCUGCAAUUUUCGCAAGGGACAAUUUACUGAACCACAUAAUUGGCGCUAUUCCUCGAGGGCUCGGAAGGGAGGAGUGGCUUCAUGCUCUUCCACGCGCUUUGGUUGCAGGGUUUGUGAAGACUGACAAAGAGUUCCAGAGCAAAGGGCAAACUUCUGGGACUACUGCAACAUUUGUCAUAAUUGAUGGAUGGACUAUUACUGUUGCUUCGGUUGGCGACUCUCGUUGCAUUCUGGAUGCACAGGGAGGAGAUGUUUCCCUUCUUACUGUUGAUCAUAGACUAGAAGAAAAUGCUGAAGAGAGGGAGAGAGUGACUGCCAGUGGAGGUGAGGUAGGAAGGCUCAGUAUUGUCGGUGGUGCUGAGAUUGGCCCCCUCAGAUGCUGGCCUGGUGGGUUGUGCCUUUCCAGGUCAAUUGGAGAUAUGGAUGUAGGGGAGUUUAUAGUUCCUAUACCACAUGUUAAGCAAGUAAAGUUAUCGAAAACUGGGGGAAGGUUAAUAAUUGCUUCAGAUGGCAUUUGGGAUGCAUUACCAUCUGAGAUAGCUGCAAAAUGUUGUCGUGGGUUAACUGCAGAGCUUGCGGCUCGACAAGUUGUGAAGGAAGCACUGAGGUCAAGGGGGCUGAAAGAUGACACAACAUGCAUUGUUGUUGAUGUGAUUCCACCUAAUGAUUUCAUAGAAGAGCCUCCAUCACCGCCUAAAGAUUUGAACAAACUUAAGUGUCUAGGUUUCAGGAAAAAGUCACGAGAUUCUACUAGUAAGCUGGCGAAGAAAUUGUCUGCUGUUGGUAUAGUAGAAGAAUUAUUUGAAGAAGGUUCAGCUAUGCUGGCUGAGAGGUUAGGACAUCAAUCUUCAUCAUCACAAAUAUAUUCUACUCUCUUCAAAUGUGCUAUUUGCCAAUUGGACCUUGCUCCUUGUGAAGGCAUAUCAGUUCAUGCUGGUUCCAUAUUUUCCACUAGCUCAAGGCCAUGGGAAGGUCCUUUCCUCUGCGCCGAUUGUCGAAUCAAGAAGGAUGCCAUGGAAGGCAAGCGUCCCAGCGGCGUCAAGGUUCCAUAAUUUUUUUCUUCGCCGCCAUGUUUAUUCUUGAUUCUUUUACUGGAUAAAAGUUGCUAAGAAUAUUCUGAUAUAAUUUUUGGUCAAAUUGGGCCCGAAAAUUGUUCGAUUUACUUUGAGAUGAGUGCCAUAUAAAUUUUGUUUGUGCAGCGCUAAUCUUAAAGCAAAUUCAAUGCUUUCAAAGUUCAUCUUGACUAAAACAUUAUCAGGAUAUUAUCCUACACAAUUUUUUCCCCCAUUUUCUCUGCCAUUUUCCUGAACUGUUUGAUUAUUAAGAGACAAAAUAGCUAAAGGAAGUGGUUAGUGAUGAUGGAUGUGGCAUUUAAAUUCAGUUCUUUUGGAGGGUUUUAAUAUUCAGAGUGUGAAGUAGUCAGUAACAAAAAGUUCAAAAUGUUGUGGAAUGAGAUCAUAAGAUUUUUCUUCAAUGUACAGUUUAUAGCAAGCUCUAUGGCUUGACAAGAUAUUUGUUAGGAAUUUAUUGGCUAGUGUGCUUUGUUUUUUGGCUCUUA